AUGGAGCGCUAUAGUGAAAACUCUGGGAGUUCGUUUGGCGAAUUGCUACGUCAUAAUGCGGGGCAGAAAGAUGCUGACGACCAACGCCUCCUACCCAUGGGCGAGCCUCGCCAACAUGAUGGCCCUCAGAGCCUGACUCCACGGGAGCCUUUCGACAGCAAUGCGUCCUCCAACACUUCAGACCCUCAAAGCCGCAGAAUAUAUCUGAAAGCAUGUCGCAAGUCUUUGGAUUUCCAGAUGGAGCAGUACCUGAGAUAUCUCGGCAAAGUUCGAGCUGCCCGCAUAGAGCCCAAGGAUCUUCUUCACAGUCCAGGGAUCGCUGAAAACGGUCCAAAUGUACCCCCUUCUGACUUCUGGUGCUUAAUUGUUGUUCGAGAUCGGCUUGUCUCACAGUCCAAUAUUCUUUGUGAAUAUAUGAGAAUAGAGAAACAAGAUGCGAGUCAGUCUCUAAGCCAUUCUUCCCCGUAUUCUGCUCUUUUAGCAUGCAUAUCAGCUUUUGGCAGUGCGACAGUCCUACCCCUGGGUAGGUGGUUUAUCCUAGGCAUGCUUGUAGCAGGAGCGCUGCCCCUCACCUUUCUUGCUCCAAAUGCAGCCAAGGUCAUUGCAACGGGCCGGUGCGAAAGCAUACUUCGGUCUGUCAUCCAGCGUGCAACGGACUGGGACCUGGAUGAGGAAGGCAGAGAAAAACUUGAAUCGUUUGCAUUUUGGUUACAGAUGGUCUUGUAG